CUCAACACGCUGGAGCUCUUCGACAACCGCCUCACCACGGUGCCCACGCAGGCCUUCGAGUACCUGUCCAAGCUGCGCGAGCUGUGGCUGAGGAACAACCCCAUCGAGAGCAUCCCCUCGUACGCCUUCAACCGCGUGCCCUCGCUCAUGCGCCUCGACCUGGGCGAGCUCAAGCGCCUCGAGUACAUCUCGGAGGCCGCCUUCGAGGGCCUCGUCAACCUGCGCUACCUGAACCUGGGCAUGUGCAACCUCAAGGACAUCCCCAACCUCACGGCGCUCGUGCGCCUCGAGGAGCUGGAGCUCUCGGGCAACCGGCUGGACCUCAUCCGCCCGGGCUCCUUCCAGGGCCUGGGCAGCCUGCGCAAGCUGUGGCUCAUGCACGCGCACGUGGGCGCCAUCGAGCGCAACGCCUUCGACGACCUCACGGCGCUGGUGGAGCUCAACCUGGCCCACAACAACCUCUCGUCGCUGCCCCACGACCUGUUCGCGCCGCUGCGGUACCUGGUGGAGCUGCACCUGCACCACAACCCGUGGCACUGCGACUGCGACAUCCUGUGGCUCUCGUGGUGGCUCCGCGAGUACAUCCCCACCAACUCCAGCUGCUGCGGCCGCUGCCACGCGCCCCUGCACAUGCGGGGCAAGUUCCUGGUGGAGGUGGACCAGACCUCCUUCCAGUGCUCGGCGCCCUUCAUCAUGGACGCGCCCAUGGACCUCAACAUCUCCGAGGGGCGGGUGGCCGAGCUCAAGUGCCGGACUCCUUCCAUGUCGUCCGUGCGGUGGCUGCUGCCCAACGGCACGGUGCUGAGCCACGCGUCGAGCCACCCGCGCCUCUCCGUGCUCAACGACGGCACGCUCAACUUCUCCCACGUGCUGCUCAGCGACACGGGCCUCUACACGUGCAUGGUGACCAACGUGGCGGGCAACUCCAACGCCUCGGCCUACCUCAACGUGAGCACGGCCGAGCUCAACACCUCCAACUACAGCUUCUUCACCACCGUCACGGUGGAGACCACCGAGAUCUCCCCGGAGGACGUCUCGCCCAAGUUCACCAAGCCCGUGCCCACCACGUCCACGGGCUACCAGCCGGCCUACACCACCACCACCACGGUGCUCGUGCAGAGCACGCGGCCGCCGGGGCGCGUGGCCGUGCCCACGGCCGAGGCGGCCGACAGGGCGCAGACGAGCCUCGACGAGGUCAUGAGGACCACCAAGAUCAUCAUCGGCUGCUUCGUGGCCGUCACGCUGCUGGCCGCCGCCAUGCUCAUCGUCUUCUACAAGCUCCGCAAGCGGCACCAGCAGCGCAGCACCGUCACGGCCGCGCGCACCGUGGAGAUCAUCCAGGUGGACGAGGAGCUGCCGCCGGCGGCGGCGCUCCAUCAUUCCCGCCCCAGCUCCCACCGCAGCCCCAUUGCAGAGGCAGCUGCACUUGCAGCUGGAGAACCCCCCGAAGCGCCUGCAGACGCCGAGGUGGCCACGACGACCACGACCAGCGCUGCAAAUUCACCCCUUCCACCCGCACGCGGGCGCUGCAAGCGGCUGCACGGCUGCAGAGCGCCGGCGAGCUGCGGCCAAGCGCGCAGCGCCCACGCGGGCAAGGCGCCGAGCGCGGGCAAGGCGCCGAGCGCGGGCGAGCGCACGGGCGUUUGGGCAUAA